CAGUGAUGGUAACACGAUUAUUCUUACCGCGUUUUUUACCAAAAGUCUUCACAAACUUUGUCGAAAUUAACCAGCUUAGGAUGAGCACUGGAAAUGUAGAACCAACACCGGCAAAGCGCAGUACGCCACCCACAAUUGGAACUCACAACGGCACAUUCCACUGUGACGAGGUUGUUGCUUGUUUUAUGUUAAAGCAGUUGCCGGAAUACGAGAAUUCUGAUAUUUUUCGCAGUCGUGAUGAUAAAGCACUGCGUGAGAAAUGCGAUAUCAUAGUGGAUGUUGGAAGUGAAUUUGAUCAUGCCAAGAAAUGGUAUGAUCAUCAUCAACUGACUUUCCAGGAUACGUUCAACACGUUGCGGCCGGAAUUCGCAGAGAAAUUUGAUAUUAGACUGAGCAGUGCUGGCCUCAUUUACUGUUAUUAUGGCGAACGGGUGAUUCAAAGUAUUUUGAAACGCGAACGAAAUGUGCAAUUAUCGCCAUCAAAUUUGAAAUUGGCUUUUCUGCAAAUCUAUCGCAAUUUUAUAAGCGAACUCGAUGCCAUCGACAAUGGUGUCCAAAUGUUUGAGGGUGGCGAGCCACGCUAUAAGAUAUCAACGCAUCUCUCGGCGCGCAUUGGCAAGCUGAAUCCAUCGUGGCAGGACUCCAAUUCUGAAACGGAUCAACGGUUCCAUAAAGCCAUGGCCAUUGCGGGCAAUGAGUUUGUCGAGAAUGUCAUCGAAGUUGCUUGUUCCUGGAUUGCUGCACGGGAUCAUGUGCGAAAGGCCUUGGAGCAGGCAAAAACCAUUCAUCCUAGUGGAGAAAUUCUGUUACUGGACACCUUUUGCCCCUGGAAAGCACAUUUGUUCGAUUUGGAAAAGGAAUAUAAGCUCGAAGGUGUGCCCAAGUUGGUUGUAUUCAAUGAUGGCUCCAGUUGGCGUGUUGCCGGCGUUCCUGUAACGCCAAGUAGCUAUCUUGGUCGCAAGUUCUUGCCCACACCAUGGCGCGGACUACGAGAUGAAGAGCUGAGUAAAAUAGCGGGUAUUGAAGGCCUGAUAUUUGUGCAUCACACUGGAUUCAUUGGCGGUGCAAAGACCAAAGAGGCUUCAUUAGCCAUGGCUCUAAAAAGCAUCGAGUUCACUGACGAGUAAUACUUUAGAUAUGUGCAUAAUAAAUAGCAAUCGUUUGGGACCUUACAAA